AUGGCUGCACCCAGACCAUCAACGCAGGUCCAGAUCUCCCCUGGCAAGGGGUUGGGUCUCAUAAUUUUGGGAGCUUCUUUACACAACGUACUGGGACAUGUCAAGUCUCACCCCCAAACCUACCCCGCGAUCGAGAUAGCCUACUCCCCAUCCGACCCUCUGCGCAAGCCCGUUACCCUACAGCUGCCCGAGAACGGACUCCGUCUACGGUUUGAUGGACCAGACCAGCGACUGCGUCUCAUCGAAGUGCUGGACUUUUCGAAGAUUUCGCUCGUCUACAAGAACCAGGAAGUGCUAAAGGGAGCCAAGCCCCAUGAGCCGCCUGCAUCGCAGCAGGGACCCAGCUUCCGGCAUAUCUACAAUCGCCUGUUCGGCCCUUCAUACCCAGGGGAGUAUGUACCCCCAUUGAACGGCUCGCCGUACGGCACGUACGUACUGUCGUAUCCCGGCAUCGCUUUCUCUUUCCCCCUCCAGCAUUCGGCCUGGUCGGACCAAUGUGACUUCGUAGCUUUACUCUCUUCGACUGCCGCAAUGCCGGCCACCUCGUUGAGCGUCUUCCAGGGUCCAUCGUGGCCGGAAGUCAGAGCCAAUCUAUUCACCCAGCAGCCGCAGUAUCCGCGUUUCCCCCCGCUGGCAGGGAAGAACAAGGACUCUGUCGCUGACGAGGUGGAGGAGUUCAUCAUCUGGGGCGCAGGCAAAGUCCAAGCGAUCCGACGAUCGACGCCACCCACUCACAUCACCUUAUCGCGCACAACGCCGCAGGAUCUGAUCGCCGAGUUCGGGCCUCCCGACGCCAUAUACCGUAAGCAUGAUCGAAGGAUCUCCAUCCACCGCGCCGCCGGUGGUGGCGGUGGCAGUCAAGACCCUCUCGGCAUGAGCCCUUCGCCAGGGAGAGGCAUCGAUAUCACCGAUACCGAUCAGUCUUCCAACAACAGUGCCGCCGAUGACUCAGAUGAUGAGGUGACCACGACCCUAGACCCUUCGUCACUACCAACUGAAUGCUUUUUUAAUUACUUCCAUCACGGUUUUGACGCAUUCAUUUCCCACCCUGAUACACCCGGGCCUGCUCUGCCGGGAUCAGCCUUGUCGGAUCCCACCCCCGUAUCCCCUUCAUCCCAGUUAGUCGUGACCAAGAUCAUCCUGCAUGGUAACGUGCCCGGGUCAUACCCUUUCAACCGCCACCGACGCAGUCGUUGGAGGAUCAGCUUAGACUCCUCCGAAGAUACCAUUUCGUCAGAAACGCGCUGGGACGAAGUUUUCGGGCGACUGAAGGACGUGUGGAAGGGGUUCUAUGCCAGUUCAACGGAAGAACGAGCUCUCCAGCGGCCGAUGGUACUCAACCGAGGCUGGGGAGACAGUCCUGAGAGCAGCGUUGAAUUCCUCGGCGGUUGGGAAGAAAGUACAGGCAAGGGACAGAGGGCCGGGAAUGACGGCCACGAUGCGGGUCUGGGCAAUACUGAGCUAUUUGGGUUUCCUGGUCUUUUGUUUGAGGUGUUGAAGAAUGGGGCAGUCAGCUGUAGGACAUGCUUCAGUGGUAGUAUGCCGGAAUUGCCACGGUCGCUCGCUCGAUCUUGGUCGUCGACGCUCAAGCUCCCCAAGUCGACGUUCCCCGCCCGCGUAACGCCCGUCGACCAGACGAAAUACCUGCGACGAUGCACGGACGACCUCUACGCCUGGCAGCGCCGUGAGAGACCGGCGGAUGGGCAAUUCGUGCUGCACGAUGGGCCGCCCUACGCGAAUGGCGAACUACAUGUGGGGCACGCCCUCAAUAAGGUCCUCAAGGAUAUCAUCUGCCGGGUGCAGCUUGGCCGCGGGAAGCGGAUACGGUAUGUGCCGGGGUGGGACUGCCACGGGCUGCCGAUUGAGUUGAAGGCGCUCGAGGCGCAGAGGGCGUCGGGAGAGGCGACUGGACCGGUUACUGCGGCGGUGAUCCGGAAAGCUGCGCGCAAACUCGCCGGGCGGACCGUCAAGGACCAGAUGAAGGCGUUUCGCGGAUUCGCUGUCAUGGGCGACUGGGAGAAUCACUGGAAGACGAUGGACAAGGGAUUUGAGAAGAGACAGCUGGGGGUGUUUCGCGAGAUGGUCGAGAAUGGCCUGAUAUACCGGAGAUUCAAACCCGUCUACUGGUCGCCGUCGACUGGGACGGCGCUGGCGGAAGCCGAGUUGGAAUACAAGGAGGACCAUGUGUCCACUGCGGCGCUGGUCAAGUUCCCUGUCGUGGAUAUACCGUCGCAUCUCGCUUCGAACCCCUUGCUACGUGGGAAGGGGAUCAGCGCGGUCAUCUGGACGACCACUCCCUGGACGCUUCCUGCGAAUGCUGUCAUUGGCGUUCACCCGGAUCUGGAAUACUCUAUUGUGCAAUCGGACGCGCACGGCUAUUUGCUUAUCGCACAGUCACGGAUAGAAUACUUGCAAAGCAUUUUGAACGAGGACCUGGGCGUGAUCGUACCCUCGGUCCUUGGAUCGGAAUUAGCGGACCGGACUACGUAUCGCUCAUUAUUCAAGGGAUCCGACGCGGAGGCCCAGCCGAUUAUCACUGCGGACUUUGUCUCUGCUGACUCCGGCUCGGGCUUGGUCCACUGUGCUCCCGGCCAUGGGAUGGACGACUACGAGGCGUGUGUGUCUCGCGGUAUUCCUGCUUUCGCUCCCGUCGACGACCACGGUAAAUUCACCAGCCUUGCGAUGCCGGAAGAUCCCCAACGGCUCAGCGGGAAGGAGGUCUUGACGGAUGGAAACGCAGCGGUCCUGGAGUAUAUUGAAUCUGAAGGCUACUUGAUUUCGAAGAACCAGUACGAGCACAAAUAUCCCUACGACUGGCGGUCCAAGCGCCCCAUUAUCAUCCGGGCGACUGAGCAAUGGUUCGCCGAUGUGGCCGACAUCCGCGGCGACGCGGUCAAGGCACUGGAGGAUGUCAACUUCGUCCCGAGUUCCGGACGAGUGCGCUUGGAGAACUUUGUCAAGAACCGGAGCGAGUGGUGCAUCUCGCGUCAACGCGCGUGGGGUGUUCCCAUCCCCGCGCUGUACGAUCGGAGCACGGGAGACGCCGUCCUCACCAAGGAUAGCGUCUCUCACAUCAUGUCCGUGAUCGAGGAGCGAGGGAUCGACGCAUGGUGGACGGACGACGCCAACGACACUGCUUGGAUCCCAGCCUCGCUGCGGAACGCACCCGAGGCGGGCUACCGUCGCGGAACCGAUACCAUGGACGUCUGGUUCGACAGCGGCACCAGCUGGACGGAGAUCGACACGCCUUACAACAAUGGAUACCCCGCUGACGUGUACCUGGAAGGGUCGGACCAACACCGCGGAUGGUUCCAAUCCGGGCUUCUCACCUUUACGGCGCACCAGAUCGCUGCAGGCCACAGGGCCGAUACCCGUGCUCCUUUCAAAAACUUGAUUACUCACGGAUUCACCCUGGAUGAGGAGGGCCGCAAGAUGAGCAAAUCCAUCGGCAAUGUGAUCGAUCCCCAGACCAUCAUGGACGGAACUCUCCUGCCCCCGCUCAAGCCCCGGAAAGGCAAAGGCAAGAAACAGCCCGCGAACCAAGGCCCCGUCUACGAUGCGCUGGGGCCUGACGCCCUGCGCAUGUGGGUAGCCAGCAGCGACUACACGCGCGACGUCGUGAUUGGAAAGCAGGUUCUCCAAACCGUCAACACCAGUUUGCACAAAUACCGCGUGACAUUCAAGCUGCUACUGGGCGCCAUCUCGGAUUUCAACCCGCAGAAUAUCCUCCCGUACGACCAGCUGCAGCAAACAGACCGGAUUGCACUCAUGCAUCUAUCCGAGAUGGUGUCGGCGUCGCAAAAGGCCUGCGAGGGCUUUGAGUUCUACCGUGCCGUGAACGCCAUCAACCGCUGGGCGAACAUGGAGUUCUCCGCCUUCUACAUGGAAGCCAUCAAGGACCGGCUCUACACCUACGGAGCGGACAGCGCCAGCCGUCGCGCCGCGCAAACGACGCUGUUCCACAUCUACCAGCAUCUGCAGGAAAUCCUGGCGCCUAUAACUCCAAUGCUGGUGGAAGAGACGUGGGAGCACACCCCCGAGGCCAUCAAAUCGCGAUGCGAACACCCCCUGCAACGCAUUGCCUCAUUCCCGCCGGCGGAGUGGCAAGACCCCUCGCUUGGAACGCACUACCACGAUAUCAUGGCAGUCGGGUCGGUGAUCAAGGGCAUGCAAGAGCAGGCGCGGGGGCAGAAACAAAUGGGCUCGUCGCUGCAGUCGUGUGUGCAUAUCGUCCUUCCGGAAGGCGACAGCGCGGGGACCGCCCUCCAGCACAAUCUGGCCGAGCUGCCUGAUCUGUUUGUUGUGUCUUCGGUCACCCUUGGGUCUCACGGCGAGGCUCUCCCCAGCGCGACCACCGACGCCGAGUGGCAGUACCACGAGACGUACGAGCUCCCCAGCGGCGGAACCGGCAUCGUCUAUGUAUCUGCUCCGCAGUCGUCUAAGUGUCCCCGUUGCUGGAGAUACGUACUGGAGGAGCCCGAGCCCGUCGAAGAGACGGUGUGCGAUCGGUGUGAAGAGGUGGUUCGCGAGCUGGACGCAUCGGCCGCGAGCAAGGGAGACGCAUGA